GUGGCGAGAGCGCUUGCUAACUCGGCCUCUCCGGCCUUGGGAUCCUGCAGGUCAACGAUAGGGUGCGACUGAGGAUGGCUGCUCUGCAGCGAGCUGGCAUCCAAUCUCUAUUGAAGGCGGCACCUUAUCCUCACCUGUCAUUGCCUGUUCCUUCAGCUGAGGAGCGCCUCGAUGCUGCACUACGACGGGGCCAUCUUGACCAUGGAGGAGCUUUGAAGCCCGAGCUGCUCACGUCUACUGCUCUUGCACCUACACUGCUGCGGCCCAUCAGCACGCCUCGCGCUUUGCUUUCAAGUCACACUUUGCGGCACACUUUCAGAAACCCACACAUCGCAGCGCUUAGCAAGACGGCGCUUGAUCUCAGGGAAAGCGAAGGGACUCUCGGUCGGGCGCUCGGGAGAUGCUUUGCCGACAUGGAACGCUCCGUUCUCCCAGACAGUAUGAGGCCGUCAGACAUGCCACCUGACAGCUUACAGAUGCUUCCCUACAACCCGCCCUUCCUCUACGUGGACACUAGAGGCGGCCCAUUCACUCAUCGCGCCAUCGAUGCGGACGCUAUUGGAGCGGACGGCACCAAUCUGACUGCGGAUGAGCUCAAUCCCAGCUUCGAAAGGCUCGACCCUCUCUUCGUCACGUCAAAUGGACUUCCAAUUCCUCUAGGAUCAGACCCCAACACUAUUCAGCCGAAUGGGGUGCCGCACGAAGAAAAUGAUCAGUCCGGCCUUCCGCCACCUGCUCAAGCUGUUCUGAGCCCAAUUCAGCAAAGGGAUGUGGUACGUGCCGCUCUCGACUGCUUGCACGAGCUGGCUACCGAUAGCAGAGAGUACGUCGAGAGGCUGGACGAGGUGAGAGCUCGACUUGCUGCUGUCAAGCGCGAGCGAACCCGAGUCUGGCAAGCAUUGCGUCGUUGGGCUUUGGACAAGGAAGAAGAAACGACCACGGCCGAUGAGGCAACCGCGAACGACGCUUCUGGAACCGGAGAGAAGCACUCAUCAACACUCAACGAACACGCUUCCAACCAAGUCUCGACUGCAAGAGGCAAUCAGCGGGCGGCAGCCAAGGACAAGUCUACUUCAUCUGCAGCAAAUGCUAGUGGUUCUACGAGAAAGAAGGCGAGGACCGCUGCUUCUUGAGCAAGCCUUUCCUUGCUCUGUACAAAUACGCCUUCUUAGCUCCACAACAACAUUCACCUUGCAACUUGCGCAACUUGAAAAUGAUGCAACUUCGCACGCUGU